UCUGGGCUGGUUUUAAACUGGUAUUAAACUGGUUUUAAAAUUGUAUUAAACUGGUUUUUAACGAUUCAGAUUUUUCCCGACCGACGCGAAGGCAGCGUCAGCUCUGGUCGCCAUAUCAACGAGACGCAAAACGGAACAAGCACCCGGAAGUGGGAUCGGCUGAGGUUUCUUCUUCUUCUCUGUUUCUCAUCUUUAAAGGAUUGAACCUGUCUGAAGACGAGUCCAGUGAGUUUCUUCUUCUUCUCUGUUUCUCAUCUCUUGAAGGAUUGAACUUGUCUGUUAAAAAAGAUCCGGAUUGAACCUGUCUGAAGAAGAUGCCUCUGCUGGUGUCCGAUCACUCGUGGACUCAGACGGACUCGACUGUUCAUAUCCACGUUCCUCUGAAAGGAGCCAGAGCUGAGAGGGUGGACAUCGUCUCCACAGACGAGUACAUCAAGGUGCACUACCCCCCCUAUCUGUUUGAGGCCUUCCUGCUGGAGCCUGUGGACGAUGACAGGAGCUCAGCGAAGGUGGGAAACGGAGUCGCGAUCCUCAACCUGAUGAAGAGAAACAAGAAGGUUUGGAAUCAUCUGACGAUAAACACAGAUGAUAAAGACCUAAAGAAGGAGAUCAGGGAACGAGCUCUGUUGAAAUACCAGGAGAAGCUCUCAUCAGAGUCCAGAUCCAAGAAAGAGAAGCAGCAAGCAGAGAAGAAAUAUGCACUGGAGACGAUGAUGAAGCUUGAAGAGGAGGCAAGAGACAGCGUCAAGAAGACGAAGGACGCAGAGCGAGCGAGGACCACAGCCGAGCUGGAGGCGUGGCAGCUGAGACAGAGACGAGAAGCUGAGGACGAAGAUGAACUCCGGCGUCAGAGACACGACCUCAAGGCUCUGACUGAGAAGAAAGAAGCUGGAAGGAAUGUUAAAUCAGGUCAAAGUGUCAAAGCAGUGAAGCCUCAGAAGAGACGAGGGGAGGUUCCUGCUCCGAGACGCACGGGGAACAUCCUGGUGGUGUUCACCCCUCGAGUGUUUCCAACAGCCCUCAGGGAGUCAAGGGUCGAAGAGGAGGAAGAGUGGCUCAGGAAACAAGCUGAAGCCCGACGUGCGUUGAAUCCAGAUGUUGACGAGCUGCAGGACCUGAAGGAGGAGGACAGGAACCCGGACUUCUUAAAGGACAAGGGAGAUAAGUACUUUGUGGCCGGGGACUUCCUGAGUGCAGUGAACGUCUACAACCUGGCCAUCCGCCUCAACAGGCAGCUGCCGGCGCUGUUUUCAAACCGAGCCGCGUGUCACCUGAAGCUCAGGAAUCUGCACAAGGCCCUCGAGGACUCCUCCACGGCUCUGGAUCUGUUGACUCCACCGGUCGCUGCCAACGCUGCAGCCAGGACCCGAGCCCACGUGCGGCGGGGAUCAGCGUUCUGUCAGCUGCAGCUCUACGCCGAAGGACUUCAGGACUACCAAGCUGCUCUGAAGACCGACCCUCACAACGAGGCGCUGCAGGACGACACACAGAGAAUACGAGACGUCAUCCAGGGAACUGAGACUCUGUCAGACUCAGAUUAAAUAACCAAUCCACACUCAUGUUGAUUUCAAUCAGAGGAUUUUCACCUGCUGCUCAGGAAACAGCUCGAUGAGCACAGGAGAGGAAACUCAGAGAUGCUCCAGAAACUCACAAGAGUUUGUAAAAUGAAGAUUUGAUAGUAUCAAAAAAACAAGGCGGGCAAAUAUCUAAUAAUCAAUUAAUCCACAGAAACUGAACAGUCACAAGAUUCUCGUCUAUGAUCAGGUAACAUAGAAAAUACACUCGUGUUUGUACAGAAAUGAGUGAGAAGGUUGACAAUAUUUAUACUAAAUCUCAGGGGAAACAUCCAGAAGUGUGAAUAUGAUUCCCCACUCAGUCAGAACGUGUUUGUGGAGAGAAAAAAAAAGUUUGUUUACUAAAAACAUGACUUGUGUAUCACUGGAGACUCUAUGAGUUUGUGCACUGCGCCCCCCUGUGGUCAAAUGUUGAGAAUAAUAUUCAGUCAUAUUCAGGGGAUUCAUGUUUCUGAGUUUGUGUAAUUUGCUGCAGAUCCAAAUAAAG